AUGGGCCGUAGGGCGCCGGCGCUGCGCCCACUACACAGUGCCGGUCAACCGAAAUCCAAUCAAAUUAUCCCCGUGAUAGAUGCGAGCAUCGUUGUGAAGAUCCUUGACAUCCGAGCGCACCGAUCGAUUCUACCUAUUGCUGAUCUUCCCAACUCCCUCUAG